CUAAAAGAACUUGGAGUCAAAAAUCUGGAAGACAUUGAUCGUUGUGACACGUGGUUGCUUGGCAGGAAAAAAAAAGAUGGGACCUAUGAUGAUGAUGUCAAAGAAGUGGCAAAUGAAAUAGAGGACCUGAAGCGCAAAGUACAGGAGGGGUCGUUUGUGCCUAGUGGGGAUGCUGAUGUUCUUUCCACUGCUCUUAAGAGAAAACCUAAUGGCAGUAGAGUUCAAGGGUUGGGACACUUCAUAACCCCAACACAAUACUUCCACAGGCCAAAAGAGACAAGAUCUGAUCGGGAAAAGGAGCAUGAGAUGUGUGAGCAAAGGUACAAGAUGAUGGUUCUUAAGUUUGAUGAAAUGAGGACACAAGUGUCGCAUGCUAUAAGUGAAAUUGGCAGUUCAAGUGUUCCCAAAAAUUCUCCUAUUGUAAAGGCUGCUGAAGAGGUAGAUCAACCAAAACUUACUCCGGUGAAGAGACGUCGUGCUACUGUCCCCAGGAGCUCCCCCCCACACAGCUCCAAGAAGAAGGAGCCCAAGUCAAAUGAGAGUGAAGAAGAAGGAGAUACAAAAGGAAAGCGAAAGGCAAUUGAAGUGCCAGAAGAACAAAAGUUGACUCCCCAGAAAAAACAUUUUGCAGCAGUUUCAAGAAGGUCCCCGAGAAUCAUGCAAAUGAAGAAUCUUUCCGGGGAGAAUGUAGUUAGAGCAGCUAACAACGCACCAAUAAGUGAAGCAUCACGAGAACAGGUUGUGAGUCAACUAGGUGGUACUCAAACAAAGGUUGAACCUCCUCACCUCAAGGAAGAACGCACUCCAGAGAAGUUGAUUGAAGUUGAAACGGGGGGUGUUAUAGUUGUUAAAGAACAUGCAAGGACUAAGAUGAAGUCAAGGCAACAACCGGCAAGGAAACUAAUUAUGCAAAGAACUACAAGGUUUGCUGCUGAAAAAAGAAAAGAGCUAAGCAAUAGCAUGAAGAUGUUUUCUAUGUUAGUUGACAAAUGCCUGGGAGAUGGGUACAUGGUUGAACAUGAUGCAGAAAUAUUCGGGUUUGCAACUAAAUCUAUUUUCAACAAGGAUGUGUGCAGCCUUGUAAUCAACUUUGAGCAGGUGAACAAUUCCGUUGUAGAAAUCUGGUCUAGGCACUUAUAUGAGAAGAUGCUUCAAGAUGGAGGUAAUAUGCCUGUCCAAUUUGGCACGUCUGCUGCAGUACCAGUACCAUUGAAACUCUCAGAUGAGUCCAUCACAAGGAGGUCUCGCUAUAUAGCAGAUCUUUUGGGUGUUGGUUUGCUUGGACAAAUCACAUUAAUCCCAUAUAAUACAUGAUAAUUAAGAUGCAACCAUUGGGUGUUGGUAGCCAUUGAUACACUCUCAUGGACGGUGUACUAUUUGGACUCAAUCGGAGGGAAUCCAUCAGAAGAUCUGUCACUAAUUGUGAACCAGGGAGUGAAAAUUCAUCAUGCCUCGGUUUCAAAGAAGAGGUUAUCUUUGAAUUGGGUUACAGUCAUGUGCCCUAAGCAAACUGGUUCUAUUGAAUGUGGAUACUUCUUGAUGAAGUACAUGAGUGACAUUGUUUGUGAUGUUAACGUCCUGAAAAAGAAUUUCUCAACAAUAAAGGAGUACUCUGAACACAACAUCUUGCAAGUGCGUGAGGAGUGGGCAGCAUAUGCAACAAAAUUGGUUCUGAAAUAGAUCGAUGCGGUUGAAUAUGAAUGAUGGUCUGGUGAAGAUCAGUUCUUGUUAUUUUGGAGUGAAGGAAUGCUGGAAUGCUUUUUGAGAACUUUUGUAGGUUCAUGUUUUGUGGAAUGUAAAACUAUUUCCUCGGUUAAUUAUGGAGUCAUUUUUGCUUGAAACUGAAAAUUUGCGCCCAUUUUGUUGUGGAAGUUGUAACCUAACAUGAAGAAUUAACAAUGACGACUUAAGCACUAUUAUUUAAUGAGAUGUAUUUAAAGUUGG